CGUGUCUUAAGGUCUCGGCGACGAGUGUGUGUAUCUUUAUCAGUGUAGCUGUAGUAGGCUACUUACUGGCCGAGUGCCCUUCCCACGAGAAUGCGGUUAUUGUCGUGUACAAUAUUUUCCCAAAGGUUGCUUUAUAGCAACAUAUACGCUCAUGUGAUCGCGCUGUGAUCGACUUUAUUCCACCGUUGUGCAUUGUGUGUCGUGCCGCGAGCGGAGGAGAGGGUGCGCGCUCCGAUCACGCGAGUGGUUAUGCCGUCUGCGAUGGAGGGCUCUUCGGGAGAAGGUGACCUGCUUACCGUGAAACACGAGCUCAGAAACGCCAAUUUGACGGGCCACGUCGAGCGUGUUGGCAUUGAAAACUUUGAGCUGUUGAAAGUGCUGGGAACUGGAGCCUAUGGCAAGGUGUUCUUGGUACGCAAGGUGAGCGGCCAUGAUUCGGGUCAACUGUAUGCCAUGAAGGUUUUGAAAAAAGCCACUAUUGUGCAGAAGGCCAAGACAACAGAGCACACGCGCACAGAGAGACAGGUCCUCGAGCAUAUCAGACAGUCUCCUUUCCUUGUUACACUUCACUAUGCCUUCCAGACGGACACCAAACUGCAUCUCAUUUUAGACUAUGUGAAUGGAGGUGAGCUUUUCACCCACCUGGUCCAGAGGGAUCAUUUUAAAGAACAAGAGGUUACACUGUACAGCGGCGAGAUUGUACUAGCAUUGGAGCACUUGCAUAAGCUGGGAAUCGUCUACAGAGAUCUGAAACUUGAGAACAUACUUCUGGAUUCAAAUGGUCAUAUUGUGCUGACAGAUUUUGGCCUUAGUAAGGAAUUUCAUGAGAAGGAGGUAGACAGGGCUUAUUCUGUCUGUGGUACCAUAGAGUACAUGGCUCCCGAGAUCGUAGCUGGUGGAGAGUCAGGACAUGACAAGGCAGUGGACUGGUGGAGCAUGGGAGUUCUGAUGUAUGAACUGUUGACCGGAGGCUCUCCUUUUACUGUGGAUGGCGAUGAGAACACUCAUUCUGACAUUGCAGAGAGAAUUAUGAAAAGGGAUCCCCCAUUUUCUAAGGACAUUGGCUUCCUGGCCAAAGACAUCAUCCAGCGACUGCUAAUUAAAGACCCAAAGAAGAGGUUGGGCUCCGGGCCCUCGGGCGCCCAAAAUGUAAAAAGCCAUCCAUUCUACCAGAAACUGAACUGGGAGGAUUUAGCUGCUAAGAAAGUCCCGGCUCCUUUUAAGCCGGUCAUUCGCGACGAGCUGGACGUGAGCAACUUCGCAGAGGAGUUUACGGAGAUGGACCCAACCUACUCCCCAGCUGCACUUCCAAACAACUGUGACCGCAUUUUCCAGGGCUAUUCCUUUAUGUCCCCUUCCAUUCUGUUUAAGAGGAAUGCGGUGAUGGACGACCCAGCACAGCUGUGUGGAGGGUCCGAGAGGCCGGGUUAUGCUUCUGUAGCCCGUAGCGCUAUGAUGAAGAAUUGGACACACACUUUUUUGUUAACCACUGAUGUUCUGGUGAACCCACAGGACUCUCCGUUCUACAUGAGCUAUGAGAUGGACUUAAGAGAGAAUGCACUGGGCGAGGGAAGCUUCUCCAUCUGCAGAAAAUGUACCCAUAAGAACACAAAGCAAAACUACGCUGUGAAGAUCGUCAGUAAAAGGAUGGAGGCACUUACGCAAAAAGAGAUUGCUGCUCUCAAACUAUGCGAUGGACACCCUAACAUAGUGAAUCUACACGAGAUCUACCACGACCAGCUGCACACAUAUCUGGUGCUGGAACUCCUGCAAGGUGGAGAGCUGCUUGAGAGGAUCAGGAGAAAGCAGCACUUCAGCGAGACGGAGGCCAGUCGGAUCAUGCGCAAACUGGUGUCUGCUGUUAGCCACAUGCAUGAUGUGGGAGUGGUGCACAGGGACCUCAAACCAGAGAAUUUGCUCUUCACUGACGACACUGAGAAUUCAGAGAUCAAAAUCAUCGACUUCGGAUUUGCACGGCUCAAACCCCCCGACAACCAGCUGCUGAAGACUCCUUGCUUCACACUCCAGUAUGCCGCUCCUGAGAUCCUCAAAUACGAUGGCUACGAUGAGUCAUGUGACCUCUGGAGUUUAGGGGUCAUUUUGUACACCAUGCUGUCUGGCCAGGUCCCGUUUCAGUGUCAGGAGAAGAGUGUAACACACACCAGUGCAGAGGAGAUCAUGAUGAAGAUCAAAAAGGGAGACUUCUCUUUUGAAGGUGAAGCUUGGCGCAAUGUCUCCAGUCAGGCCAAGGAUCUGAUACAAGAGCUACUGACUGUGGACCCUGACAAACGAAUAAAAAUGUCUGGCCUGCGAUACAAUGCGUGGCUGCAGGAUGACAGUCAGCUCUCCUCCAACCCUCUUAUGACCCCUGACAUCCUGGGUUCCUCCACCGCUUCUGUGCACACCUGUGUCAAAGCCACCUUUAAUGCCUUUAAUAAGUGUAAGCGGGAGGGCUUUCGACUCCAGACGGUGGAUAAGGCUCCUCUGGCCAAACGUAGGAAGAUGAAAAAGACCAGCACCAGCACAGAUACCCGCAGCAGCUCCAGCGAAAGCACACACUCCUCUUCCUCGCAGUCUCAGGAUAAAACACCGCCGGGUGGAGGGACGGCCAUCAUGCCUCAAGCCUCUGUAAGCACACCUCUCACUCUGGGCCCUGAUGAUGACGCCGCAGAGAGUCGACCCAAACCUCCCUUUACCUUCAAGGAGUAAACCUGUCUGAGAGACCUACCUCUCCCACAAUCCCUUUCUGUGUCAUUCGCGCUCUGGCCUCGUAAUUCCCAUUCGGGGAAGUGGCACCAAUUCAGUUGCUAGCAAUAGAUGCACGUUGGUGAACGAGGUGGACUUUGCCUGAAGGCCGACUUUUGUGACCUUCGAGUAACAAGGAGGUUCACUUUGCAAUGUGCUGCCGAAAAACCAGACACAAAUGCAACAAUGAAAAAAUAAAAGACUAUAAAUAUAUAAAUUUAUUUAAAAGGAGAAUUAUCGUUUAUAUGGACUUACGCGAUGGCUCCACUUGAGGCGGGAGCUUUGUUGUCUUGUUGCGUAUCUAUGACUUCUUCCAAAAGAUUUUAUUGAAGUAGCAACAGUUAAAUAUAACCGUAUUUCAUUGUUGUUUCACACUUUGGCGAGAGGAAAAGAUAAUAGUUUGCGAUAUAUUGAGAUCCUUUCCUCAGGUUUAAUUUUUGUUUUUAGCUUAACUCCCUUUUAAAGAGUUGAGGACAAAGCCACUGGUUAACUGAGGGAACUGAGUUUACGUUUGUUUAAGCGUUGUUCAUUCCAGUAGUCUACGUGUUGCCUUGGGCUUUACUCUCAGUAAGGUUUAGCAUCUCUAAAUUUAGGCUGAGGUUAAAAGCCACAGAUGUUAAACUAAAUCUACUUUUGUAAGACCUUUUAAAAGUCUGGAAGCCACAUUUUAGCUUAAUAUUAACGUGAACUGCCUGCUAAAAGAUAUCUGUGGCUUCCUGUGUGUUGGAUCAUGUUGUUUUUUUUUGGGCGAUGGCUGACGCUUUAAGGCAGCAGCGGCUGUGGUAGAGCCUGUGGUUUUAAAAACGAUGCGCUUGCAUGUUUUGCUCUUCGCCUUCUCCGUUUCACAGGCGUCGGAGGUUUUGUUAUGCGGUUAUCAGCGUUUGUGCUUUUACUCGAUAUCACUAGCGAUCCGUUUCGCAGUUGAAAGGGAAUCGCUUUAUCUUUGGCCCAAAGGACAGUCUGCAUUAUUCAUAGCGUAACGCUGUAACAGUUCACUUGAUCGCAUUUGUGUCUCUCGAGCACUACAAAAACAUUUUAAGGGACUUAACAUUGCUAUGCAAAAUUUCUCAUUUUCUUUCUUCACUUUUUCUUUCUGUUCAUAUCCUUACCGAACUUUAUGCAUUACCGUGUAUACUGAAGAUAAACGGUGCAAAUCAGGGCAUCAGUGAGUACACACAUAACUGCCAACCGCCCAGUCUCCAAAAAAGCUCACUUCCUGUGCACUAACCAAAAGGAGACAUCGCAUCCACAGGCUUUUAAAUGGCGAGGGCUCGGGAAGGACCUGCUCAAAUACGAAUAAACAGGUGCUCCUGCCAACUCGAACCCGGGCAGAGGACAAGAGCAAUAAGAGUAGCGGGUGCUCGGUGGCCUCCAUAUGGCCUCUUCUCCAUCACUGUUCUCCUCUUAGAUAGAUCCGGGGACGCUUGAAAGUCCUACAUUGAACUCUCCUCUGGGAGGAAGGCAUUAUUAGAUGAUUUACCGUGGUGUGUUUUUUGUCCUUGAGGAGUUCGUCCCAUUGUUUCCCCAGGCCCAAUCUUAAGAACCGGAGCUGGUUUUACAGUCAGAGCUACCGAGGCAAAGAUGUCUCUUUAUUUCUCUUGUUUUAGCUAUUAUGAGAUUAAAGGCCAGCCAUGGGGGUUUUAUUAAUUCCAUUUACUGUUUAUAGAAGUGGAGCGAGCAUGUCGUAAGCAUCCGGGUCUUAAACUGAACGCGCUCCUUUGAUCUGAGCACUUCAUGUUGCCCUAUUUUAAUGCUCUUGGGUGCUUUUAAAUAGUGUUGUCUGGUUUUGAACAGUAACGGGGACUGUGUGCAUGUAUAUAUGAUAGCAGUGGGUGUGGGUAGCUCAUCUGCUUGUGGGGAUGGGGUGAUUAGACUUUUAAGCUCCACCUUGUUUUUAAAAGGGUUGUGGGUUUGAUAAAAAGACGGUUGAGGUAACAUAAAGAUGUAAAUUGCGGAUGUUAUCAAUUUUUUUUUUUUUACUGCGGUGAUGUCUACUCUUUAAAUUUCAGACCACAGUCUGAUCUAAAGCUUUAUAUUUGAAGAAAAAAAAUGUUUUUGUGAGAGCAAAGUAGUUGAGCUUUUGCGCUGUAGAAAGAGUUUAAGGAAAAAUAAGAUUACAAUAUUUUUGCCUUUUGACAUUAUGGUCAUGAUAGUUAAGCACAAAAUUUAACCAGAUCCUUUUAACCUUCAGUGUUGCUUUAGCUUUUGAAAUAUGGAUCUUUGAACAAUUUCAUAUUAAUAAUAGAUUAUGUAUCAUGAACACACACUGGUUUUAUCCACUUUUUUCCAAAGGCGUAUUCUGAAUAUCCCAGAAGCCCCAAAUCGACUGGAGUGUCAUUGUGAAACAACAAGAAAGGACGUUUUGUAUCCUCCUUUCAAUUUUUUAACCAAAGUCAUUAUUUGUAGCAGUUACUUCAUGCAAAAUGUAAGCCUUUUGCAACUUUGUCAUAAAGACUUUGGUCUUGUGA